CGCCGUGCAGUGGUAGCUUUUUCCAAUAGAUGAUCUCAACAGAAGUUUCCUCUGUCAGCCUCAUGAAGGGAUUGGAGAAAGUGCACGAGAAUGACAAAACCGCGGUUUAAAUUGGGUUUCGUCGAAGUCUGCCGCAGUCAAACACAUCGGGGAACAAACGCCGUUUAAGCUCCGACGAUGCGGUUCAAACAAAGAAGGCUGUGAUUUGCGGGUCUUGGUGGUUUUCUGGCCGCUCCUCCUGCUCGGUCAGGGCUGGGUCCCGUUACAGUUGGGAGUCGGCGGCUCGCCAAGAUGUCUACGGAGGAGCAGGAAUAUCCCGAAGCGGUCCUGGUGACAGAAGCCGGGCCGCAGUGGCUCCGAGCCGAGGUGGAGCGCCUGACGCGGGAGCUCCGCGAAACGAGCCACGAGAAGAUCCAGGCGGCGGAGUACGGGCUGGCGGUGCUGGAGGAGAAGCAGCAGCUCAAGCAGCGGUUCGAUGAGCUGGAGACGGAGUACGAGGCGGUCCGCCAGGAGCUGGAUCAGCUGAAGGAGGCCUUUGGACAAGCACACUCGACUCACAGGAAGGUGGCGGCAGACGGAGAAAGCAGAGAGGAGUCACUGAUUAUGGAGUCUGCCAGUAAGGAGGCUCUCUACCAGCAGAAGGUGCUGGAAUUGCAGAACGAGCUCCGACAGGCCAAAGCGUCUCUCUCCAGUGCACAAGCUGAAAAUGAUCGCCUGUCAUCUAUUGCCCUGGAGAUGAGAGAGAACUCGGACCUGGCAGAGCUGCAGCGCUCUCAGCUGCGGGACGACAUCAGGGAGUACAAGAUCCGGGAGGCGCGCCAGUUGCAGGACUACAGUGAGCUGGAGGAAGAGAACAUCUCUCUCCAAAAGCAAGUGUCUGUGCUGAGGCAGAACCAGGUGGAAUUUGAAGGUCUAAAGCAUGAGAUCCGCCGCCUGGAGGAGGACUCCCAGUGUCUUCACAGCCAGCUGGAUGAAGCCAUGCGUCUGAGAGACAUCGCUGAUCGACAGCUCACAGAAGCUUUAGAGACCAUUAAGACAGAGCGUGAGCAGAAAGCCACGCUGCGCAAAGAGCUGUCCCACUACAUGACGAUCGGUGGCUCCGUGUACAGCAGCACUUUCAACACGUCCAUCGAUAACCCCAAACUCCACGACGAUCCCUCCACUGUCAUGGAACCUGACAACGACGAUCUGAUCAGAGGUUUCGAGAACGGAUUGAUUAAAGCAAGCGAGAGCGAUGAAGACAACAGAUCUGCAGGAAGCAAGAGGGGAGAGGCCUUCAAGCCGGCUCCAAGCCUGGUGGACGACCUGCUGAGCGAGCUCAACAUCUCAGAGAUCCAGAAACUCAAACAGCAGCUCGUGCAGGUGGAGAGGGAGAAGGCCGCCCUGAUCAGCUCUCUGCAGGAGAACCAGAAGCAGCUGGAGCAGGCCUACAGCACAGUGUCCGAGCAAAAGGAAACGGUCAACAGGCUGACCGAAAACCUGAGCGCCAUGAGGAAACUCCACGCAAGCAAGGAGCGCCAGUCUGCUCUGGACAGUGAAAAAGACCGGGACAGCCACGACGACGGGGAUUACUAUGAGCUGGACAUAAACGGCCCGGAGAUCCUGCAGUGUAAAUACACGGUGGCGGUGUCUGAAGCAGGGGAGCUGAGGACAGAGCUGAAGACGCUGAGGGCGCAGUACGAGGAGUGCCGGACGCAGUACGAAGACGAGCGGGCGCGGCUGGAGAGCGACGUGCAGGACUUGAGGUCGAAGCUGUCGUCCCUGGAGAAGAUCAGCCAGGCGGAUAAAGCGGAGGUGGCUCGUCUGGAGAAGGAGCUCCGUCUGGUCAGCGAGGCCGCAGGAGAGUCGCUCGGCAGCCUGAACGUGGCUCAGGACGAGCUCAUCGCCUUCAGCGAGGAGCUGGCCAACCUCUACAACCACGUGUGCAUGUGCAACAACGAGACGCCAAACCGCGUCAUGCUCGACUACUACAAGGAGGGCAAGGCCAUCGUGAGGAGGGGGCAAGAAGGGAAGGAGAUCCAGUCUCUGCUUCUUACAAACGGGCUGAUCAGUGAGACCGAGGCCGGAAAGUCAGAAACCAACAGCACCUCGGCUGCAGCGCACGAGCACCGCCCAGAACCCAUGAACAUCUACAACCUCGUCGCCAUCAUCAGGGACCAGAUCCGCCACCUGCAGCAGGCGGUGGACCGCACCACCGAGCUGUCGCGCCAGAGACUUGCCAAUCUGGAGCUGAGCGCAGUGGCAGACAAAGACAAAGAAGCUUGCAUGGAGGAGAUUCUCAAGCUGAAGUCCCUGCUGAGCACCAAAAGGGAACAGAUCGCCACUCUGAGAGCCGUGCUGAAGGCCAACAAGCAGACAGCGGAGGUGGCGCUGGCCAACCUGAAGAGCAAGUACGAGAGUGAGAAGGCCAUGGUGACUGACACCAUGAUGAAGCUCCGGAAUGAACUCAAAGCUCUGAAGGAGGAUGCUGCUACUUUCUCCUCGCUUCGAGCCAUGUUUGCCACCAGAUGUGACGAGUACGUGACCCAGCUGGACGACAUGCAGAGGCAGCUGGCCGCCGCGGAGGACGAGAAGAAGACGCUGAACUCCCUGCUGCGCAUGGCCAUUCAGCAGAAACUGGCAUUAACGCAGCGCCUGGAGGAUCUGGAGUUCGACCACGAGCAGGCGCGGCGCAAGAGCGCCACCGCGGCGGGAGGCAAGGCCAAAACAAAGGGCAAGGCUGCCCCCGCCAGCCAUCGAUGAAUCUCUCGAGCCAAGUGUCCUUAACGGGAGUCCGUCAGAGUGCGUGACGGCUUGCAGUCACUGUUGCUUCUGGUUUCUUCCCCCACGCCGUGGUCCGAGGCAUGCCACCGUUCAGACAAGCACACGUCCCGCAGUAUUCGCCAAGAGCCUUCCUUUUGCAGUGCCAAAUCCUGUAUGUGAAAUUCCCCGACGCCUGUGCGGCUGCAGGCGAUAUGCAUCUCUCCUCCAGCUGCCCUUUGCAGUCAUCGGUCUUCCAACAUUAUGCACCACUAUAAUGAUCGAUCCAUGGGAAGAGUCCAGCAUUUGGAUUUUUCAUUGCCUGUAUUUCCCUGACUGAGCACUUUUUCUUCCACUUGUCUGCUCUUUGGCAAUUCUUGAAUAAUGCUAAUGAUAUCAUACAGUGUGUAUACUGGUUGUGCAUGCUAGUCCACCAGGUUUUUAAUAUUUUUAUGUAUCUAGACAUAUUUUAACCUUAUUUAUUAAGUAACAAAGUCACAAAUGAGGGUUUUGCGUUUUUAAACCAGAACUAUCGGCUUAUUUUUUUGAAUUUUUUUAAAAAAUAAGAAGCAAAUAUAUUUUUCUUUUUUUAUUCCUGUGUUGCCCGUUGGCCUUAGAUUUAGAUUUGCCUUUUUUGACAACUUAUAAAAGAGAAGAGAUGUUACACACAAACUUUAUGUCCUCCUAUGAUCCUGCAGUUACGGAGUUUCAGAGUCAGGGUCCUAACCACAUUUUGUGUUCUUGUUCUUAGAGUUGUUACAAAUCCAAGUACUCCUGUUGCGUCUGAGAAAGAACUUUACAAAUCCUAUUUAAAGAUUUUUAAGUUAAGGUCAGAUCAUAACAGUAUUCAUAAACUUUAUCCAUGAUUGAGUGUUUUAUUACAACUUUUUGUAAAUCUUGUUGCGUGGUAAAAUAAUGUGUCUGCAGUGCCAUUUUGUGACUUGUUUUUGAAGUGCAAUUUGCAGCCAUUGUAAAGAGAAGACUAAAGUCUAUGUGCUGUAUCAGAAUAUGUUACUUGUUGCUACUCACAGUUGUGGUUCUAUUAAUGUUACAUGUUGUUACUGUUGCUGCAGUUGUAUUUAUUUGACGAUGUUCUGAAGACAGGAUUUGUCGUUGUAUUUGUUUAACAAGUCUGAACGGUCACAAUUUCAAGAAAACUGAGCUGUGGUUAAAUAAACACUAGCAACAUG